GUUAACCAAGAACAUAACCUGAGACGAGCAGGUUUGAGAUGCAGCGUAAGUUGCCAUGGCAGCAGACCUCGGUUUGAACAUAGCCAACUUUCGUAGUAUGGGUUAAUCGGGAAGUUACGCUGCACGUGAUCAAGUUACCCUGGUAAGCCAGAAAACCCGCUUCGUAGUACAGGGCCCUGGUGACGAAGGGCGGAGCUCCGCACCGACAUAAACAAGCCGACGUGACCACAGCCCUCCAGCCAGAGGGAACUGAGAGCAGGCCGGUAACGGAAACAUCAUUCCCGCAGCCGAGCGCCCCCUGUGGUUUACUCCUUACACCUUGUGGCGUGAUUCAUGUUUUAAUUUAACCGACGUGACAUGUGGAGCCACGCCCUUCUGUUCACGCUGCAGGUUCUCACCAUUCCUCCCUCUGUGUUCAGUCAGCGUUCUGUAACGGCUGAACUUCAUCAGGCCGCUACUCUCCCCUGCGACUGGAAAUGUUCUGGUUUGGUUAAAUGGACCCGGUUUCAUCUACCAGGUCAUGUUCUGGCUCAGUGUGAUCAGACAUCCUGCAGGUCCGAGAAGGGGUUUAAUAUCUCCCAUGAUCAGUACCUGGAGGGGAAACCAUAUCUCACCAUCGCUGCGGCUGAUUACACUACGAGAGGGAUAUACACCUGUCAGUGUGAGGCUUCAGAGGUCUGUGACGUGCGUCUCUUCAUUAAGGCUGUGGAGGUGACCCGUGUGGUUACCCCAGGUGAGCCCAUCGACGUGCUCUUACCCCUCAGUGACAUGGUGGAGGUGCGUUUUAGUGCGAGCGACGCUCUACACCCAUCACCCCUGCAGAUCUGCACCGUGGACAACGAGAGGAUGGAGUGCAGUCCAGAGUACAGAGAGAGAGUGUCUCGCAUCAACACGCUCCAGAUUAAAGAUGGGAAUGCGCCUGACAGCGGGAACUACACAGUCCGGGACAGCGUGAACGAUGAGACCAUCGCCGUCGUACAGGUCCAUGUGAGAGGAUGUAAAGCAGAGCUGCAGGAUUCAGGAGCCGACCCCCCAUCUCACUCUCGACAGCGCCGCAGCGUCUCCUCCGAACCGUGUCCACACUGUAAGCAGGACUGUGCUCUGCCAGCAUGGGGGAUUGUACUGAUGGUGCUGCUGGGAGCUGCGUUUGUGGUCCUGUUGGUGAUUUAUCUGCGUCUGAGGAGAGAAAAUCAGCAGCUCCGUCAGAAAGUUGGAGACCCUGUAGACGAGCUGCUCCCAGUGACCAGUAACCCUGAUCCAGGAGAUCAGCAGGUCCAUACAGACCAACCUUAAGCUGAUAAAUAAUAUAUUUUUUUUGCAGUCCAAAUCCUGCGCUCUGAUUGGCUAGCGAGCGCAGUGUUUCCCCUAGAAAAUGUUUGAAGGUGCGGUGGCAAGACCUGCGCUCAGAUGUCCCACCCCAGUACGAGGAUACAGAAGCAUUCUGAGAGAUUUUUUGACAAAACACACUCUAAAAUGGUGACCCUUUGUAAGGGAAUAAAUGAAUAAACCUAGUCUUGAAAGAACAAGCAUAACCUGCAGAGCAAGGCAGUUUAGAAAACAGUCAGGGAGACUAAAUUCCCUCCACACCUAACCCCAGAGCGAGCCCUUACCCCACCCCCUGAACAUAAAUCUCACAACACAUGAUUAUGGGGGAAACUGGAGCACCCGGAGGAAACUAGGGGUGGGUAUUGCCAACAACCUCGCAAUACGAUACACAUCACGAUACAGGGGUCACGAUACGACACGUAUUGCGAUACAUGUGCAUCCCGAUACAUGGUCUUCAAGGCGAUACGUAUCCCGAUAUUUCACAUUACUUAACAUACGUUUUUAAGAAAACAGACAUAUGUAUACCCAAAUGUUAUUUAUUUUGCUGUAGAGCAACAGUUACACUGUAGUGCAUGUAAAACAUGGCCUUAACAAGGCUGUAGUGCAACUAACAAAUAAAGCUAAUAAAUUAACUAAUAAAUUAUUAACUAAUAAAGCUGCCUUUGAACAAAGUAAACUUAAAACAUGGCCUUAACAAGGCUGUAGUGUAGCGUGGUUCACAUUCCUCUAUUAGUUCUCGGAAGCCUUCGUUUUCAACUGAGCUGUACGGACGCAAGUCUUUGCAUAUGGAGGAUAAUAGUGCUGCAGGGGUUUUUUUUUUUUUUUUUUUUUUUGAGCCUUUGGUGAUAUUGGGGGAAAUUUUUCUUCUGAAACCUCGCCGUCAGAUUUGCUUGUGUCGUUGUGCUACCACUAGCAUUCUUUACUUGCGAAAUGCUAGCGUGAUGUCGGGUCAUGUGGAGGUGCAGAUGUGUAGUAUUGCCACAGUACUUAACUUUCAUUCGGCAGUGUUUGCAUACUGCGUGUGUCAUGUCCAGGUCCGCCUUUACCUGUUGUUUGGUAAAUCCAAAAUGCUCCCAAACCCGUGCCUUGAAUUUGGCUGGGGGCGAAAAUAUUUCCUCUUCACCGUCUUCAUCCAUGUUGUGUGUGUGUGUGUGUUCACUUCUACUGUUAGCAGCGCUGCCGCUUACGGCGCUACCGCCUUGUGUGGUUGAAAUGCGCAUUCAAUGCCUGAAGGUGCGGCGGCAAAAAUCAAGGUGCGGCGGCCCACCGCAGCCAAUUGUACAUAGCAGAAACACUGGAGCGGGUCUGUAUCCUACGGCGGUGUUUCUUCAUCUAUGGGCCGUGGACCGGUACCGAUCCGUGAGAAGAUUACCGUCGGUCUGCAAGCCUGCCUCUGCACUAGUAGUCAGUAUUAUAAUUUCAAACUUCUGGUCACUGUCAAUCAGAUCAUGUAGAAGAGCGAUUGGCUGGCUCUGCUCUCAGUGCUUUUGUCACUGUGUGCCACGUAGCGCAAGUCCCCCCCCCCCCCCCCCCCCAUUCUAGAAUGUUAAGUGUUCCCGCCUGCGCAAGGUUGCACACUUGCACUCAUUCAUUCACUCAUUCUGUCCCAAGUCCAGUCAUUCGCACGCUUUAUGAGAGCAAUAUCAUGGCAUGUUCAAAGCAAGCUACUCUUGACUCUUUCUUUGGAAAGCGCCCACCUGACAGUGCAGAUCCACAACAUGAGCCAGAGGCAAAAAAAUAUCGCCCAUUCACUCGCAAUUACGACCCUUCAUACAUACAAUUCGGCUUUAUUUCAACUGAUAGUCGUCCCCCGAAACCAAUCUGUGUUAUCUGCCAAACCACGCUCAGCAACGAAGCUAUGAAGCCAUCCAAAUUACGCCGGCAUUUGGAAACUAAACAUUCGCAGUAACUUUAACAAAAUAAUGUACCUGCUGUUCCUUGUUUUAAAUGGCUUUGGUCAGCAGCUCUCACUCCUCCUCUGGCUCAAAGUCUCUUUCACAGCAUUUUGAAGGGAGACGCUUCGCACAGUGAAAUCUCCUCUCCACCCUUUUAUAUGUUUUUCAGUGUAAUUCAGAGGUUUACAGGGUUUAAAACAUUGGAUUUUGGCUGUAAAAUUGCAGUUUUAAUUUUGUUUUUUCUGCUGCUCCCGCUCUAACGUCUAGAGUGGAGGAGCUCCUUAUGACAUCACUCCAAAGUUCUACCCAUUCAUUUCAGUGGCACAGAAUUUUGCCGAAAAAUGGGAAUACCGAACGAAUGACGAGGGGUAGCGCAACCAUUUUAACAAGCACACCAUUCCAGAUCGGGCCCUACGUUUCAGCGUUGGAACGGUGUCUCUAUCUCGAAAGCCCAAGGAGCAGUAGUGGAUCCAAAAAACGGGUGAAACGGAAUAAUCAUAAAAAUGAAACUUAAGAACAACAAUAGUGUGCUUUUGCAAGCACAUUAAUAAUAAUAAUAAUAAUAAUAAUAAUAAUAGGACUACUGCUGCUAAUAAUAAUAAUAAUAAUUUAGUGGUCAUUUGGCAAUUUUCUACAAUUCUGCCAGUGCACUCCUGUUAGGUCUUAUUUAGCCAAAAUAUUAUGCUGGUAUGAGCCUGCUACUCGUAACAAGUACUACUAACAAAAAAAAUUAAAAUAAAUAAUAAUAAACUAUGUAUGUAUCUAUCUAUCUAUGGAGGCGCACACGGUGUGUGGGGGGGCACAGAGGCGUAGGCCUAUGCAGGGUCUUGCAGCACCGAGGCCAACAUUACUGGGCCCCAGAGCAAAGAAGUUUGAGAAACCCUGUCCUACGGUACGGACCUUAUUCGACACACAAAACCCAGACUGGUUUCAAACAACUC